GCAUUUCAUUGCAUGCUCAUGAUUUUACUUGCAGUGUCGAAAGCCUGAAGGAAUUGUUGAUGUCAUCGCUGUCGCUCUUGCCAAAUGCGAAGCAGGCUGAUGCCCGUGGAGAUUUGGAAAAUUCCGCGACUGACGAAGGAGGAAAAUUGUCGGCUGAGUCCAACGGCGGGAAAGCGAGACAAAUCGAGGGUGACGGAGGGCUCGAUUUUUCUUCGAAGGAUGCGUAUCGACGAUACGGAAAAAGGAAAGACGCCUCCGAAGCUGCGGUGAAAAGGAAAAUGAAAACCGAGGGGAAAUCUCGGAGGGGGAAAUUCUCCGGAGGACGAUCCAACAAGCGUCGAGGAUAUAACGGGGAAGACGAUGACGCUGUGGAAGCUGAAGGACUCGAAGCGGACGAGCAAGGAGCCGUCGAAAGCCUUCCGAGUUGCUUGAGCAUCUCUGCAGCCGGAAGUGAAGAAUUACCGCUUUCGCACGACGGUCGUUGGCUGCGUAGACACUUCAAGAAGCCGUUGACACGCGCUUUGAGAGAUAUAGCGAAUAAAAAACCAGCCGAUCCUGUCGACUACCUCGCAUUUUGGCUCAGGAAAUAUCGCAGCAACGAGGAACACUGGCAACGGAAACAGCAGUUUGAAAACGAGCUGCGUAGUUUGAGAAUUGAGCCGACGAUCCAGCAGGAGGAACCCAUCGAAGACCUGGAGGUGGAGUAUUCAGUAGGAGAAGAAGGCGGUGGGAAUGCUGACUGGAAUUACCAAAAUUAUCAUCCUACAACUCCAAAUCUAGAUCCCAGCGAAACGGCGAGCAAAUGUCGAUGUGAAGAUGGAGAUUCGAUGCCGAUGCUCCGCGGUAUCAUUCUUAUUGUAGAAUGA